CGGGGUCUCGGCGGUCCCGCCCCCCCCCUCCCGCCCCCGGCGCCAAGAUGGCGGCGGAGCCGGGCCCGGGCCCCGACCCGGAGCUGGAGGAGCUGCUCGACAGUGCCCUGGAUGACUUCGAGAAGGCCAGACCCGCCGCCCCCCCCCAGCCGCCAGCACCCCCCUCGGGGGCCCAGCCCUCGCCCAGCGCCGCCGCCAAGGCCUCCCUCUUCGCCUCGCAGGAGAAGUUCUUCCAGGAGCUCUUCGAGGGGGAGCUGGCGGCGCAGGCGGCGGCCGAGUUCGAGCAGGCCAUGCAGGAGCUGGCGCGGGAGGAGCCCCACUUGGUGGAGCAGUUCCAGAAGCUCUCGGAAGCAGCCGGCAGAGUGGGCGGCGACGCGGCGUCGCAGCAGGAAUUCACCUCCUGCCUGAAGGAGACGCUGAGCGGCUUGGCCAAGAACGCCACCGACCUGCAGAGCUCUUCGGCCUCGGAAGAGGAGCUGGCGAAGGCGCUGGAGGGGCUGGGGCUGGAGGAGGGCGACGACGGCGGCGUCCUGCCCGUCAUGCGCAGCAUCAUGCAGAGCCUGCUCUCCAAGGACGUGCUCUACCCCUCGCUCAAGGAGAUCACCGAGAAGUACCCGGAGUGGCUGCGGCGGCACGGGCAGGCGCUGCCGGCGGAGCAGUACGAGCGGUACCGGGCGCAGCACGGCGUCAUGGGCCGCAUCUGCCGGCAGCUGGAGGGCGAGAGGCCGGGCGAGGGCGAGGAGGAGCGGCGGGCGCGCUUCGAGACCCUCCUCGACCUCAUGCAGCAGCUGCAGGACCUGGGCCACCCCCCCAAGGAGCUGGCGGGGGAGUCGCCCCCCGGCCUGAACCUGGAGCUGGGGGGGGCGGCGGGCGGCGAGCAGUGCCGCCUCAUGUAGCGCCGGCGGCGGGACGGGGCGCCUGCGGCCCCCCCCUCGUUACCCGCUAACGAACCCCCCCCCCCACCAUCGCCCCCCACUGCCACGAGGAGGAGGAGGAGGAGGAGGAGGAGGACGAGGCCGCAGCGGCUGCACCGUCCCGC